CCCAACUUCGAGGACCCUCACAUAACCUCACUUUUAUAACGUCCGCAUGCUGCGGCGUGCGUUGUUUACAGUUUAGUUUACACAGCUUGUUUUUUAUUAAUAAGUCUUUAAUGAAAAGUGAAUAGAAUAAUUCAACAUGGGUAAAAAAGGAAAAGUAGGAAAGCAGAGGAAGGAUAAAUAUUAUCACUUAGCGAAGGAGACUGGUUAUAGAUCACGUGCCGCUUUCAAGUUGAUCCAGCUGAACCGCAAGUUUGAAUUCUUACAAAAGUCUCGAGUAUGCAUAGAUUUGUGUGCUGCUCCUGGUGGGUGGAUGCAAGUCGCCCGUCAGAAUAUGCCAGUAUCCUCCAUAGUAGUCGGCGUAGAUUUGUUUCCUAUAAAGCCCAUACCAGGAUGUAUCAGCUUAGUGGAAGAUAUUACCACAGACAAAUGUCGUGUGGCAAUAUCUCGAGAAUUAAAAACUUGGAAAGCUGAUGUUGUAUUGCACGACGGUGCACCAAAUGUUGGUAAAAAUUGGCUUCACGAUGCGUACCAACAGGUUUCUCUAACUUUAUCUGCCCUCAAAAUGGCAACAUACUUUUUACGGCCUGGUGGGUGGUUUGUUACCAAAAUGUUUAGAUCAAAAGAUUAUCAACCUUUGCUGUGGGUACUUCAACAAUUAUUUAGGAAGGUGCAUGCAACUAAGCCUCAAGCGUCACGUUUAGAGUCUGCUGAAAUCUUCGUUGUUUGUCAGUACUAUAUUGCUCCAGAUAAACUGGAUCCCAAAUUUUUAGAUCCAAAAUACGUGUUCUCUGAAUUAGACAUAGAGCCUACAAACAAACUGAAUGUACUUAAUCCAGUUCAAAGGAAGCAUAAAGCAGAGGGUUAUCCAGAGAAUGAUUAUACCUUGUAUCAUACAUUGUCCGUCAAAGAUUUUGUAGCACAUGAGAAUGCUGUGGAAGCAUUGCAAACUGUUUCAGCCAUUGUUUUUGAUGAUGAAAAGAUAACGAAUCAUGAAUUGACGACCAAUGAAAUCAAGGAGUGCUGUAAAGACAUUAAAGUGUUAGGUAAAAAAGAUUUAAGACGACUGCUAAAAUGGUGGAAAUCAAUCAAAGAGGCUUUGGAAGAAGAAGAAUCACCAGCAGAGAAGGAGGCAGAUGCGACUACUGAAACAACGGAAGCACCCCCUCUGACUCAAGAAGAAUUGGAAGAUAUGGAAGAUGAAGAAAUUACAAAACAGAUUGGAGAACUUAGAGCAGAAACGGAGAGAGAGUUGAAACGUAAAAAGAAGAAAGUGAAUAAAGAGAGGCAGAAGUUGAAUAUGCGACUCAAUCUAAAAAUGGUUCAUAAAGGAAACGAGGGUCCAAUAAUGGAAGGGGAUGAAAUGUUUACUCUAAAGCAGAUUAAGACACAUGAACAGUUAGAGAGCGUAAUAGAUCAACAUCCUGAUGUCGUAGCGGAAAGCGACGUAGAAUCCGACGACCAAAUAAAACCUAAAAAGAUAAAAUAUAAUAAAGAGGAAGGACAGUUAGAUAGUUCAGGAUUGUAUUAUAAGACGGAGGAUAGUGACCCUGGCAGUUCAUCAGAUGAAUCAGACAGUGAUAAAUCAGGUUUAGGUUUGGACGACUCUGAAGACGAAGAUACAAGUAAAAAGAAGAAGAAGAAAGUACACUUUGUGGACGAACCAGAAAAUCCUUUAUUAACAGACUUAGAUUACAGAGAUAAGAAAACUAAAAGAAUUCAUAAGGCAGAACUGUGGUUCGAAAAAGAUGUAUUUAAGAAUUUAGAUGAUGAAGAAGAUGAAGAUUUAGAGUUGGAUAAAAUGAUUGAAGAAUAUAAAAAGGGUGGAGGUCGUGUGUUAGGAGAAAAUACAGAUAGUGACAAAGAAAAUAAAACGGUAAAACAAAAUAAUGUUAAUCAUGAUGUUGAUGAUGAUGAUAAUGACGACAAGGACACAAAUUCUGAUUAUGAUAUGGAAGAGAUGAUGGGUGACAAUAAAACUAAAAACAAAACUAAUACUACAAGUACCAAAUCAAAAAAGAGGAAGCACUUAUCAGAGAAUGAUCUAGCACUAGGAUCAUUAUUAAUUCAAAGUAAAAAAACUCGAAGGGAUUUAGUGGACUCAGCAUGGAACAGAUACGCAUUUAACGAUGAGAAAUUGCCAGACUGGUUUAUACAAGAUGAAGAGAAACACAUGAAGAAAGACGCACCCGUACCGAAGGAACUUGUCGACGAAUACAAGAAGCGGGUCGAGGAUUUGAAUGUUAGGCCAAUUAAGAAAGUAUUGGAAGCAAAAGCAAGGAAGAAAAAAAGAGCAGUGCGUAAAUUGGAAAAAGCUAAGAAAAAAAUGGAACAGAUAAUGGAAAGUGCGGAGAUGAACGAAAGAGAAAAGGCGAAGCAAUUACAAGCAUUGUACAAGAAAGCUCAUAAGGAACCGAAAAAAGAGGUUACGUACGUGGUAAUGAAGAAGCAUAUGGCACAGAAGAGAGUAGCCAGACCGCCGGGUAUUAAAGGACGUUACAAGCUGGUUGAUCCCAGAAUGAAAAAAGACUUACGUGCCGCAAAGGCGAAGGAAAAAACCAAAGGACGUGGAAAGAAAACUCGCGGUGGCAAACCACCUCGUGCAAAGGCAAAAACUAACAAGACAAAAAAAUAAAUGUUUCCGUGUGAAACUUGUACAUAAAAAUGCUUUGUGUACACACAAAGAAAUUAAACCGUUUUGUACAU